AUGCCAACAAUCGAUGAUACUGUCAAUUUUUCCACCGAAAAAUUCGAGAUUUAUCGAAGAGAUGUUGGAGUGCCGAAAGGUUAUUUGAGACGAGUUUUGUGGAGUAAUCCGGGACCUUAUGAAGAUAGCUCACCUUUGAAUCCGAAGAUUAUUCAAAAGUUAGUCAAAGUAUCCAAUACUUUUGUGGAUUCUUGUCAUCGUAAGUGUGAAAUUCCAAAAAAAUUUUUGAGACAAAAAAAUAUACAAAUAAUUUUAGAUAUGUCUGAAGAUGCAGAGUUUUUGGAAUCACUUCGAGGAAAAUUCGAUAUUGGUUUGGUUGAACAAUACGAUUCGUGUGGAUUUGGGAUUUUUAAAAAACUUGGGAUAAAUUCGACGAUUUGGUUGUCGGCAACUGCACUCUAUCGACCACAAGCAAAUAAUAUUGGUGUAAAUUUACCGUAUAGUUAUGUUCCAGGUAUGUUUUAAAGGGAUACGGUAGGGAAGUUUAUUUGUAUUAGAUGAUAAAUUUUCCAGAACUAUUCGCGCAAUUCAGCGAUGAAAUGACAUUUCUCCAAAAAUUCGUCAACAUUCUAAUUGGUCAGACAACUUCAAUUCUCCUCGAAAACUUUGUGCAAUCUCGACAAUCUAAAAUCUUCGGAUUUGAUUUAUCCGAAACUAUCCAACAAACCUCAUCAGUUCUUGUAAAUUCUGCACCAUUUUUCGAUUUUAGUAUGCCAACAAGUCAACAAUUCUCAAAUAUCGCCGGGUUUACUGUCGAUAAAAAUCCACCAAAACUUGAUUUUUAUUGGCAAAAAAUCGCCGAUGUUCAAAGUUUUAUUCUAGUUAGUUUUGGAGGAAUUGCGAGAACUUGUGACAUGUCAAUUGAAAUGCAACAAAUAUUUUUUGAUAGUUUUUCAAAGUUUCCAAAUAUCACUUUCAUCGUUAAAUAUGAAGUUGAGCCGAAUUUUGAUAUUCCGAAUAAUGUGAUUUUGACACCAUGGAUUCCUCAACUACCAUUAAUGGCUCAUAAAAACUACCGUAGUAUUAUAACACACGGUGGAUGGAGUACUAUUUUGGAAACUACAAUAUUUUCAAAGCCAAUGAUUCUGAUGCCACUUUUUGCAGGUAAUUUUUUUUGUUUAUAAAAAAGUUUCUAAGUUUCCAAAUAUUUUGAACAUCUUCAGAUCAUGCAAAAAAUUCCAAAGUAGCUGAAUCCAAACAAAUCGCAGUACUUCUGGACAAAAUGAAUUUAUCGGUCUCGAAAGUUGUUAAAGCAAUCGAACUGGUUUUGGAAGACUCAAAAUUUGCUGAAAAUUGUCAAAAAUUUUCGAAAAUGUUUUGCGAUCUUCCAAUUUCUCACGAGGAAAUGAUAAAUUGGAGAAUUCGACGAGCAAUGAAACCACAUUCGGAAAAAUUUUUGAAGCCUAAAGAACCGAAAUUUGAAUUUCUGCAGUGUUCAACAUUAUUUAUAGUUAUUCUAUUUAUUUAUUCCAAGUUGAAAAAUAUUAAUAUUCACUAA